GGCUCCCGUCUAUAUAAGGGCGGCCGGGGGCAGGCCGAGCGGCGCCAUUUCGCGGGGACGCAGGACGGAGCGGGUCGGGCCCGGUGCGCGCGCGGGGAGGGGGGGGGCGGCCCCAAACCGGAUCCAUCCUCCGCCGGGGCGGCUCAGCCCCCGCCUCCGCGCUCCCGGAGGGCUUCGCCGGACCCUCCCCGGCCUCCGUAGCGACCCCUGCCUGCGGCCAGCGGUGAGGGGCCCCUCCCCCCCCCCCCUCCUCCUCCCGCCCCUCAGGGAGCCAAGAUGGAGCCCGGCCGGUGAUUCCUUUCCCCCCGCCCCGGUGCAAUCCGCUGUCAUCCGCCGCCCGGAUCUCCGCCGCCCGCCUCAUCCCGGCGCUCCGCCGACGCAGCCGGCUCUCAGCGACUCGGCGCCGCCUGUAUUGACCGCACCGCGCAGGAUUUAGGAGCCCGGCGGGGGCUCCGAAGAGGGGACCCCCCCCCUCCCCCAGCCCCGCCAUUCCCCGCCAUCGCCGCUUCCCCCUCAGAGCGACGCCCGCGCCCGCCGAUGUGAAGCCGCCGUAUGGUCCCGGCCCGAGCCGCCGCCGCCGCUUGCUGAGGCCGCAGCCGCCGCCCCGCCCGGGGGAAGCGAAGCCAAGGGGAGGGGGCUCCAGGCUCGUGUCCCCCUCCCCGCCGAAGCCGGGGAUGCGCUGACGGACGGGGGCAAAACCCCCACCCGGCACCGGGGAAGCGUCGGCACCGACCGCCGGGCAAAGUGGGGGGGUCGUCGGAAGAGACGGCGGCGGUGGGAGGAGGAGGAGGAGGAGAAGGUGAAGAAGGGCGGCCGGGAGCCAGGGCCGGACACGCAGCCGCCGGCAUGUUGCAGAAUGUGAAUCCCCAGAGCAAGAUCCUGGGGGAGGGCAAUGCCGGGCUCAUGGGCCUGGCCACGGAGUCCACCCCGGGCAAACGCAUCCGCAAACCCUCGCUGCUGUACGAGGGCUUCGAGAGCCCCACCAUGGCCUCGGUGCCGGCCCUACAGACCCCUCCCCAAGUCAACCCACCCCCCCCCGAGGUUUCCAACCCCAAGAAGCCCGGCAGGGUCACCAACCAGCUGCAGUACCUGCACAAGGUGGUGAUGAAGGCUCUGUGGAAGCACCAGUUCGCUUGGCCCUUCCGGCAGCCCGUCGACGCCGUCAAGCUGGGCCUCCCGGAUUACCACAAGAUCAUCAAGCAGCCCAUGGACAUGGGCACGAUCAAGCGGCGCCUGGAGAACAACUACUACUGGGGGGCUGCUGAGUGCAUGCAGGACUUCAACACCAUGUUCACCAACUGCUACAUCUACAACAAGCCCACGGACGACAUCGUGCUGAUGGCCCAGACCCUGGAGAAGAUCUUCCUGCAGAAGGUGGCGCAGAUGCCCCCCGAGGAGCAGGAGAUCGUGGUGCCCGUGGCCAAGAACAGCCACAAGAAAGGCGCCUCGAGGGCAGCAGCGCUCCUGGCCGGGCUGACGGCCGCCCAGCAGGUGCCAGCCGUGUCGUCGGUGUCUCACGCCGCCGUGUACGCGCCCGGCCCCGACAUCCCCACCACCAUCGUCAACAUCCCGCACCCCUCGGUCAUCUCGGCCCCGCUCCUCAAGUCCCUGCACUCGGCUCCCGCCGUGCUGCCCGCGCCCGCUCCCACACAGCCCGUGGCCAAGAAGAAGGGCGUGAAGCGGAAAGCCGACACCACCACCCCCACCACCACGGCCAUCAUCGCCACCAGCGGCGAGUCCUCGCCCUCGGCCACGCUGCUGGAGGCCAAAGCCGCCAAGAUCCCGGCGCGGCGCGAGAGCGGCCGCCCCAUCAAACCCCCCCGCAAGGACCUGCCCGACUCCCAGCAGCACCAGACCUCCAAGAAGGGGAAGCUGUCGGAGCAGCUCAAGUACUGCAACGGCAUCCUCAAGGAGCUGCUGUCCAAGAAGCACGCGGCCUACGCAUGGCCCUUCUACAAGCCCGUGGACGCCUCGGCCCUGGGGCUGCAUGACUACCACGAGAUCAUCAAGCACCCCAUGGACCUCAGCACCAUCAAGCGGAAGAUGGAGAACCGCGACUACCACGACGCGCAGGAGUUCGCGGCCGACGUGCGGUUGAUGUUCUCCAACUGCUACAAGUACAACCCCCCCGACCACGACGUGGUGGCCAUGGCUCGCAAGCUGCAGGACGUGUUCGAGUUCAGCUACGCCAAGAUGCCGGACGAGCCGCAGGACGCCAGCCCGCCCUCCGUGUCGGCCCCGCUGCCCGGAGCCCUCUCCAAAUCCUCCUCGGAGGAAUCGUCCAGCGACGAGGACGAGGAUGAGGAGGACGAGGAAGAUGAUGAGGAGGAUGAGAGCAGCAGCGAGAGCUCGUCGGAGAGCGAGGAGAGCUCGGACUCGGAGGAGGAACGCGCCAACCGGCUGGCAGAGCUGCAGGAGCAGCUGCGGGCCGUGCACGAGCAGCUGGCUGCCCUCUCGCAGGGCCCCGUUUCCAAACCCAAAAAGAAACGAGAGAAGAAGAAGAAGAAGAAGUCGGAGAAGCACAAAGGGAGGGGAGCGGGAGACGAGGAGGCGCGGGCGCGGCAGGGCCAGAUGCGCAAGGCCAAGAAGGCGGCCGGAGGCGGCUCCAAGAACUCGAAGAAGGCGGCCAAAGCGCCGUUGGCGCCGGCUCCGGCGCCGCUGUACGACUCGGAGGAAGAGGAGGAGAGCAAACCCAUGACGUACGACGAGAAGAGGCAGCUGAGCCUGGACAUCAACAAGCUGCCUGGGGAGAAGCUGGGCCGGGUGGUUCACAUCAUCCAGUCCAGGGAACCCUCCCUGCGAGACUCCAACCCCGAGGAGAUCGAGAUCGACUUCGAGACCCUCAAACCCUCCACCCUGCGCGAGCUGGAGCGUUACGUCCUGUCCUGCCUGAGGAAGAAACCCCGCAAGCCCUACAGUGAAACCCUGAAGAAGCCGGUGGGGAAGACGAAAGAGGAGCUGGCGCUGGAGAAGAAGCGGGAGCUGGAGAAGCGGCUGCAGGACGUGAGCGGGCAGCUGAACUCGGCCAAGAAACCCCCAAAGAAGGCCACAGACAAGCCCGAGUCGGCGCAGCAAGUGGCCGUUUCCCGCCUCAGCGCCUCCAGCUCCAGUUCGGAUUCCAGCAGCUCCAGCUCCAGCUCGUCGUCCUCCGACACCAGCGACUCCGACUCGGGGUAGAGGGAGGGGGCAGGGGGGUCAGAGCCCCCCCAUUACCCUCAAACAACCCCCCCCCAAACACACACAGGGUGGGGGGGGUCGCAGUGUGUCCCCCCCCCACACACCCACCCCCAGGCUGGUGCUGCUGCGGGGGCUGGGGGGGGCUGACCCCGGGUGACCCCACUGGAACAGCCCCCCCUCAAAUGCACCCUGGGGGGGUCACACAGACCCUCCCCCACCCCCUGGACUUUUGGGGUGCAAUGGGGGGGUCGGGGGCACGGGGAAGGGGGGGACACACACCCCAGUGUUUACAGUUGGAGGAAUCACCAGAGCCCCCCCCGCUCAGCCCCCUCCCCCCAGCAGGUUUUACUGGUUUUUGGGUUUUUGGGGGGAGGGGGUUCGGUUUGGAGCAGUUUCUUUUGGUUUUUUCCACCAGGGGAAAAGUUUUGGGGCUUUUUAACAAAAAGAAAAAGACAAAAAUAACAAAAAAAAGUCAAAAAAAAGCUUUUAAAAAGGAGCUAAAAAGAGGAAAAGGAGCCGAGGGGCCCGGGGGGAGGGGCCAGGCCCGGGCUGAGGGGGGCUCACCCAUCCCCCUCCCCCCCACAGCCCCCCGGGGAGGGUUCUUAAUUUAUUUGUGCCCUGGGGGGCCCCUGAGCACGGUGUAAAUACCCCCCCACAUCCCCCCAGCCCCCUGCAGGGCCCAGGCCGCAUGUUCCCGGGGGGCAGGGGGGAGGGGCCGCCUGUUUUUUACGUUGACUGUAUAAUUUUUUUCUACUUUUGUUGGUUUUUUUUGUUGGUUUUUUUUGGUCCCUCCCCAACCCCCCCCCUCACCUCCCCCCUCUCACCUUCCCUCCCUCCCCCCCUCCCUUAGAGCCGGGUUUUCAGCUUCUGUCUGUUUGGAACCUUUGGAUUCUUUAACAUGUAAAUAAAGAAAAUAUUAUUCGAGUUGA